AUGGGUGCCGAGCCGUGGCGCAGCGACGAUGAUACGGGGAGCGAAGGAGAAGGAGGCGUGGCAAGGACGGCGAUUGGCUGCACCGUCGCCAUCGACACGCCCAUCUCAUCGUUGGCUGGCGUCAACGACCAAGAUCUUCCUAAGUUUGGAUAGGGGUGUCAACUACAAAACUUCGAACAAUACCCGACAGUUAUUUUCUUUUCUCUGACUUUUUUCUUCUCUCUGCUUGUCUAGUGAUUAAAAAAAGUUUUUGUGAGUGCUCAUAAUGAUUCCUGAUAGCAGUACUCCAUAUAAAUCUUGAAUUUUGCGAUGACUCGAGAUUUUAUUUUUUUUUUCAGAUAGUUAAUCUUGCAAGUUCUAAGCUUCAAAAAUCAAAAAAAUAUACUUAGAAAACUAACUCACAUUGUUGUCAUAGCGGUCGUGGCUGCAAUUCGACCUUCUGGGCAUUCAAUCAGCGGGCUUCAUUGUGAUUAGUUGCUCGGUUUCUGUUUCGGCUCAAUGAAAAUAUUCAAAUAUCCACAGCCUACCAUUCCCAAAAAAGCCCUAAAGAAUUGAUGGUUUUAUAAAAAUAGGAAUUUUCGAAAAAAGCGUCACAGUAUUUUCAAUUUUGUUCGACGUUUGAGGUAGCUGUAACUUUCUGAAAUGAGGAAUUUAUUAAGGAUCUUUUGAUGAACUGAGAUUAUUUCCAGUGGAGAGAUAACUAUCAACUUCCUUUUUUUGGGACAAAUUUAAAAAAAAGCGCUUUCUGAAUUGAAAAACAAUAAGCAAGCAAUAUUUCCCAUUUGCCCACCAAGGUCAAAAAUAUCCGAGUGAGGUGGAAACUUUUUUGGAUGUUUACACCACCGGCUACCGUAAUCAGCCCCCUAUCACUGAAGUUUGACGAUCAGAUCAAUUUUGGUCUCACCGGCAACUUUAACCCCUUACAACACUUGUCAGCCUCUUUCCAAAAGUGAGUGCCCCUUGGAGAACUAGUUUGCAGUCAGAAGUCGAGUGCAAAUGGCAUCUUCCUUUUUUCUUGCCUUUAGUUUUCUUUCUGUCUUUGGUUUUACCACAACUUGUCGCACCAUACGGUAGAAGUGUGCCCAGAACACUCAAUUAUUUCCUACCGAGGUGCGACCUCACGCCGAGGAAUUGGGUGUUAAGCGGUUGGCCCGAGCACGUUGUUACUCUCUUAAAGCACUUUUCUGGAUAUUUCGAAGAAUAUUCGAAGUGAAAGGAGAUGAAACUUUUAAUCACGAGAUUCUCAAUCAGAUGAUCCCAAUAAACGUCAAAGAUGCCGAUCGACUAGAGAUUUACCCAAGCACAAAGUUGGGCCGCUCUUAAGAAAGUUUUUUUCCAAUUAGCCAAGUAAUACCAACUUUCGGUUUCAGUGACGAUUUCAAGAGAAGUUUCAAUUCCAAUUGCCAAGCGGUUGGCCCAAGCGCUCGGCCCAACUCUCGGCACGUAUAUUGUGCUAAUUGUUUGUUCAGGAAGCAAGAGUCGUGUUAAUGGCGCUGCUGCCGAGGCUUAG